UGUUUAUGGUGACGUCACGGCGCAGUCUUUUCAGUCUCUCUGGGUGGCGGCAGACAGUCUGUCAGCGCCUGAAACACGACAUCGAAUAAAACAGUAAAAACGGGGAACAUUAACACAAACAUGAAUCUACAUCGCAGCUAAAGGAUCCAAUGGAAAGAAAUAGUCUGGCUGUGCGCAUACUAAAAGGCAGUGCUGAGAGUCACCUGAGGAGUUGUACAAGGACGGCCCCCUGUCUGACACACACACGCGCGUGCACACACUGUGUGUGCGGAAAUAUUUGUGGCAGGAGAGAGAGGCAGAGCACAGCUGCACUCUCUAAAAAAUUGCAGUGAACCAAAUGGGGCAUUGCAGUACCCGAAUCAUCGUCCUAUUCCUGCUUCAGUUCUUACGGACAUCAGCUAAAGAUGUCUCCAUUGACUGCAUGUGUGUCGGCAGCGACUGUAAUGAGCAGCAGUGUACUGGAGACCAGUGUUACACCUCUGUUAUCAUUAGCAACGAUGUGACAACAUUUAAACGUGGCUGCCUUGUCGGGCCGGAGAGCAAACGCAUGACCUGCUCUGCAACACCCUCUGCUAGUUAUGUCGUAGAAUGCUGCUCCCAACACAUGUGCAACGCCAACGUCUCCAGAGAGACCCUUCUUCGACUACUGCUGACAAGUCCAGAAGGAGAGGCAGCUGUGCAUUAUCGUGUGGAGAUGUUGGUUCUCUUUGUGUUGGGUCCGUUUGUGGUUCUGGGUUUGCUGUCUGUGCUGGCUUUGCUGGUGUGUCGUAGACUCCAUCACGGGCGUCUGGAAAGACUGCAUGAGUUCGACACUGAGCAGGGGGCCAUAGACGGGCUCAUUGCAUCUAAUGUCGGAGACAGCACACUUGCGGAUCUGAUGGAUCAUUCCUGCACAUCAGGCAGUGGUUCAGGACUGCCCUUUCUGGUGCAGAGGACGGUUGCACGGCAGAUUAGCCUGGUGGAGUGUGUCGGCAAAGGACGGUAUGGGGAAGUGUGGAGAGGCCAGUGGCAAGGAGAGAAUGUAGCUGUGAAAAUCUUCUCCUCCAGAGAUGAGAAGUCAUGGUUUAGAGAGACAGAAAUAUACAACACUGUUCUACUACGACAUGAAAAUAUAUUAGGUUUCAUGGCUUCUGAUAUGACCUCCCGAAACUCUAGCACUCAGCUGUGGCUCAUCACACACUACCACGAGAACGGCUCGCUCUAUGACUACCUGCAGCGUGUUGCCGUGGAGAUGGCAGAUGGACUGCACAUGGCGGCGUCAGUAGCCAGCGGGCUGGUGCACCUGCACACGGAGAUCUUUGGCACCGAGGGCAAACCGGCCAUCGCUCACAGAGACCUGAAGAGCAAGAACAUACUGGUGAAGAAAGAUCUGCAGUGCUGCAUCGCUGACCUGGGUCUUGCAGUAACACACACGCAGUCUGAUAAUCAGCUGGAUGUGGGCAACAAUCCUAAAGUGGGAACUAAGCGCUACAUGGCACCAGAGGUUCUGGAUGAAACUAUUCAGACAGACUGUUUUGAUGCCUAUAAGAGGGUGGAUAUCUGGGCCUUUGGGUUGGUGCUGUGGGAGAUCGCUCGCAGAACCAUCAGUAAUGGAAUUGUAGAAGAAUACAAGCCGCCUUUCUAUGACCUGGUGCCUAAUGACCCCAGCUUUGACGACAUGAGGAAAGUGGUUUGUGUGGAGCAACAAAGGCCAUUCAUUCCCAACCGCUGGUUUUCAGAUCCCACCCUGUCUGCUCUAGUGAAGCUGAUGAAAGAGUGCUGGUACCAGAACCCCUCGGCUCGACUCACUGCCCUGCGCAUCAAAAAGACUCUGGAUAAAAUCCACAGCUCACUGGAGAAGGGCAAAACCGACUGCUGAGGAGAGAACUACUGACCGCUCGCCCGCUCAUUAAACAGACACUGUGUGUAACCAGACCGUCGGAAUCAAGCGCUGGCAUCUGUCCCAACUCUAACAUGCUGUUUAUUCGCUUUGUUCUUCCUGUCCAUUGGCCUAAAAACUUUUUAUAGAGAAUUACGCUCUUUUAUGGAUCAUUUUUCCAAGUGGGACUUCCAUUUCCCCUCCAGAAACAACGUAAAGGAGAAAAAUACGGACACGGUCUGACAGGCCUUGAAACCCUCCAUCACAGAAUUUUUUUUUUGCGCCAUCGCGUUGUCUAUUUAACCAUUGGCAGACUUUAAAGAUUUGUACUUUUCAGAAAAAAACGAAGAGGAUACACACGCUGAAAUGCAAUCAGUACCCGUAGUGAGUGUGUGUAUGUGUGCGCAUGAUUCUUAUUACAACCAGAAGAACUUUAUAGCUGUAAUGUCACUUGCUUUUAGAAAUCAGAUGUUUUUGAGCUUUUCAAAGGUUCUUGUAGAUAAAUAGGCGAAAGUCAGUCAGUUUCUGAAUUUGCUGUAGUUGACUUGUGUUAUAAAGCUCUUUGGUUACAAAAUGCCACUAUGUACAGUAGAGAACUACAAACUAGUGUCUUUAAUUAGGCCCGUUUAUGAUCAGAAUAGAGUGAUUAGAGGGAUAGUUCACCCAAAAAUGAAAAAAUCUGUCAUCAGUCAUGUCAUUUCAAACUUUAAUAACGUACCUUUUUCUUUAAAACACAAAAAAAGAUGUUUCCAUGCUGCUCUUUUUCCAUACAGCGAGUGCAUAUAGUCACCAGGGACGGUCAGUCUGCCUGAAAGUGAAAGGAACAUAUGAAACAAGGUCAUAUGGGUUAUGGAUCGACAUGAGAAUGAGAAUUUAUUUUUGUGUGUGAACUAUCCCUUUACUCCCAGUCUAGUCAUGCUCAUAGCACCCCAUGAGGGCUUCCUUUGACACAAGGCCUUUUUUUGACCUGUUGCCUCUAUGCCUGCCUGACAAAAGCCAUUGUAGCACAUCGUAGUGCUUUUUUGUAGCAGUUCGUCUUUCUCUUUGCCCUCACCGGCAUGCAUACUUGAUGUUUCUUCACUGACAAUCAGCCGCUGUCCAGUAGGGCCUGAAUUAUUUGCUAAUGUCAUGUACAAAACCCUACUUACGUGUGUUCAAGGUGACGUGUCAACACACUAACAGCUAGUCAUAGUCAGACAGUUUUGUGAAUUUGCAUAUUUGUUUACCCUCACGCUUUUUGACACUUUUGUAUCAACAUACGCCAUGAACCAAGAGAAUGCUGAUGAUUUUUAAACAUUUUUGACUAUUUAAAAGUGCAGCGUCACUCUAAUAUAGGAUUUAUGAGGUUUACAAAGGAAAACACUAUCGUUACACCCCAAGUCGAAAUGGUUUGUGUACGUCGCUUUUGGUUUGGGUUGAGUUGCGUGACGUUUUAUUAAAAAUUUGUUGCUGUCAUGACACACUACAUGAGACGGCUUUGUACCGCUCAACACUGGUCACUUUUGCUCUCCCCGAAAUGGAUGAACGUUUACAUAUUUGUGUUCUACAGGGGAACGAUGUUAGGAAUUAGACUACAGGAAUUGUUGCAUUAUGAACUGUGAAUAUGUUAUAAUGAAGAACCCAUAUGUAUGUUACUGGAAUAUAAAUGCAAGACAGUUAUGAAUUAAAAACAAACCUGCUCUUUUCAUUCAUUACAAUGGUGGAAUGGGUUUUCUGUCAUGUCCUUGUGCUUUACAAAAGGUUGCCCAUGCUGUGAUAAUGCUUUCUGUCUUUAUCAUGCAUCUGUCUUGAGUUUUCCUGCACAGAGAGAUGAGCUAAAUGAAGCCUUGGGAAAGGUUUCCUAUUGUCCGAGUCUACUGGGAAAUGACCUUCUUAUCUGUGGUGAUGUUUACGGGAGGUCUGCAGCCUCUCUCUGAUAUUUAUGCUUUUAUAGCUGGUCGUACGGCGACUAAAGCUAAUGAGGAACCUAAAUGCCAACCGACUUGCAGAUGCAAGAUCAGUUGUAGACUCCUUUAGUGACUGUCUUUAAAAAUUGGCUCUGAAAAAGCUUCAAAUGUAGUUUCACAGCUUUCUUUCAGAUAUUGUUUUCCAUUUAGCAUGAUGGACGGAUCCUUUAUGAAUUGAUUUGUACAUGAUGAGAGGGGGAAAAAAUAUUUAUUCCAUUAAAAAGGCAUCAGCCAUUGUUAACCAAAAUAUUAUUUUAUUGUCUAAAUGGAUUUAACCAUUUUUUUGUUGGUGCGGAACAUUAGACACAAUGUGGUGUAUUUACAUAAUAAAAAAUAAAAUCUCAUGCUGGGCUUUUAA